UGUUCAGUUUACAUUCUUGAGAGUAUCCCAGGAUGCGGGCGAUGAUAGUCCCGCUAUACGACACAAACCAGUUGUUUAAGUGCGACCAGUAUCGUCUCGACUACCGACGGAAAAGUCAUGAAGCUGCAAGACUAUGUCAGAUAUCUCAUUUGUAUCUUAGUAGUGAAUUUUGGAACAAUUAAUUGCAGUCAAAAGGGCAUCGAUAAUUCCAAUCAGGAUCAGAUUGAAUAUAGACAUAAACGCGGUGUCUUGGAUCUUUUUUUUGGAAGAUUCCGAACCUGUGGUGCUUGCUGUAAGUUGUACAGAGCAACAGCACAUGAAAUAAAAAUAUCAUUGGGAGAACACGAUCGAUGUACUUUGGAUAUCUCGUCGGUAAAUGUCAGCGUCGAAGCUGUGACUUUGCAUCCGGAAUUCAAUCCAGAGUCGGAUGCUCAUGAUCUAGCUCUAAUUCGUUUGAGUCGACCAACUAAAUUCGAAAAAAGAAUAUCUCCAGUAUGCCUACCCAAUCCAGGCUCAACUUAUCUCGGUCAAGUUGGAACUUUAGUAGGAUGGAGCACGUACAAAGAUAUGGGUGACGUUCGAGCAUGCAGACCUCGAAAAUUAGGCCUUCCUAUUCUCGGAUACAAUGAAUGUAUUAAAUCAGGAAUAGACCCAAUACGUCUCAACAAUGAUUACGGAUGCGUCGGGAUUGUGGGAACAAAUUCUUUGAUAUGUGCGGAUGAUCUCGGAUCUCCUUUGCAAUACCGAUCAUAUAGCGGAAUUUACGAUCUUAUUGGAAUUAUUCCAAGCAUAAAUAAGUGUGACGAUACUCCUAGGCCAACUGUUUUUACAAGAGUGGGACCACAUCUCGACUGGAUAUUACAACAUACUAAAGAUGCAUGCUAUUGUACAAAAUAAUACAGAUACAAACUUUUAAUGACAUUAUAAAAACAUUAUUGCAUAUAUUAAUACUUUAUUGUAGUUACUAUUUUUGUUACUAAAUAAUGUAACUUAAUUACUUUUCAAAAAGCAUGUAAAACAACUGUAAAUAUCAUAACGCACUUUAUAAUUUUUUUUAUCAUCAACACAUAUUAAUAUAAUAUAUAAUACAUACAUGUAAAAAUAUAAAAAUACAUGUAAAAAUAUAAAAUUGUAAUAUACUAAUAUGUGUUAUAUGUAAUUUAUAAAAUAAAGAUAUUUUUAUUGCACUAUAAAAUAUAAAA